AUGGCCCCUUCUACUGAUACUACAACUACUACAACUACUAAUAACACUGCGAUCACUCCACACUUGAUCAAAGUAAACUCACCUAAUGUCACGUACACUGAUGAGCACAUCUUGAGCAAGUAUUCUUAUUCAAACACUUUAAUCACCAAACAGUCCGAUGGGUCCUUAUUGGCUGAACCUACUGAAACCUCAUUCGAUCUCAAGACUGACUGCAAAGUACCUCGUCUUGGUUUGAUGAUGGUCGGUUGGGGUGGCAAUAAUGGAUCUACCUUGACAGCUUCCAUUUUGGCUCACAAGAACGAUAUCUCUUGGCGCACCAAAAGAGGAAUUCAAAAACCCAAUUACUUUGGCUCUGUCACUCAAGCUUCCACUGUCCGUUUGGGCGUAGACGCCGAGGGAAAUGAUGUCUAUGUCCCUCUGAACAAGGUCUUGCCUAUGGUCAACCCUACUGAUUUUGUCAUUGGUGGUUGGGAUAUCUCAGGUAAGAACUUGGCUGAUGCCAUGGAACGUGCUCAAGUGCUCGACUAUGACCUUCAACGCCAAGUGGCCGAUGAGAUGCGUCAGAUGGUACCACUUCCUUCUAUUUACUAUCCUGACUUUAUUGCUGCCAAUCAAUCUGACCGUGCUGAUAACUUGAUCCCUGGCGAAGACAAGCGUGCCCAUGCUGAUCAAAUCCGUAAGGACAUUCGUGAUUUCAAGGCAGCCAACCAUUUGGACAAGGUCGUUGUUAUCUGGACAGCCAAUACGGAAAGAUAUGCUGAGCUGUUGGAAGGUGUCAAUGACACGGCUGAUAACUUUUUGAAGUCAGUCAAUGAAUCUCAUUCCGAGAUUGCUCCUUCUUCCAUCUUUGCCUUGGCCUGUAUUGAGGAAGGCGUUCCUUUUAUCAAUGGUUCUCCUCAAAACACUUUCGUUCCUGGCCUUGUUCAAUUGGCAGAACGUCACCGCGCUUUCAUUGGCGGUGAUGAUUUCAAAUCUGGUCAAACCAAGAUGAAGUCUGCCUUGGUUGACUUUUUGGUCAAUGCUGGUAUUAAGCCUGUGGCUAUCACCUCUUACAACCAUUUGGGUAAUAAUGAUGGUAAGAACUUGUCUUCUCACAAGCAAUUCAGAUCCAAAGAAAUUUCCAAGUCUACUGUUGUUGAUGAUAUGGUCGCUGCCAACCAUAUUCUUUACGAAAAGGAUGAGCACCCUGAUCAUACUGUUGUCAUCAAGUAUGUUCCUUCCGUAGGUGACUCUAAGCGUGCCCUGGAUGAGUACGAAUGUGAUAUCUUCAUGGGCGGUCGUCAAUCCAUCUCUCUAUAUAAUGUCUGUGAAGAUUCCUUGUUGGCUUCUCCCUUGAUCAUUGAUCUUGUUGUCAUGGCUGAGUUGAUGACUCGUAUCGAAUACAAGACGGGUGAAAUGACCAAGUACAGCUCUUUCCAUAGUGUCUUGUCCAUCUUGAGUUACAUGCUCAAGGCUCCCAUGGUUACUCCUGGUACCCCCGUUGUCAACGCUUUGAGCCGUCAACGUUCAGCUAUUGAAAACCUCUUUAGAGCCUGUAUUGGCUUGUCUCCCAAUAACGAAAUGGGUUUGGAACACAAGAUUUGGUAA